AAUCUUGAUUGUGACAGUACUGAGGCAAAGGCAUGAGUUUAUCCAGAGAACCUGUGGAUGCCACAUCCCUCAAAGUGUUCAAGGACAGCUUCUGAGCCAGGUUCUGGACAACUAGGUCUACUGCAGGCCAUCCCUCCAUGCUCAAGGCAGUGGGGUUGGAGCUAGAUCAUCACCAAGGUCCCUUCCACCCCAAACCAUUUCAUGGCUCACCAAGUAGAUGUUGCCCCUCCCCCAGUGGGCCCCAUGACACAGAUCCCCACAGUGCCCAGAACAUGGAACCCUCCUCUCUGUGACAUCAGCCCCGGGGCCGAGGGCUCCACGGGCAGCGCGGCUGCUGCGGGCACUGCGGCUGUGGCUGUGCUGCUGCACGGAGCUCUCAGUGCUUGCAGCUGACACGUGCCUCUGGCAGCCAUGAAUUGGCUCGGCCUCCUCGUCCUGCUGACCCUGGCUGGGCUGGCAGAGGGGACAUGGGACAACUGCGGAGGGAGCUGUGGGCUCCGAGUUCCGCCACCUGUCAACAGCCCCAUGACUUAUUCCUACGGCGACGUGGCUUAUGACUACGGCAUGACACGCAUCGUGGGUGGCAUAGGUGCCGCGGAAGCAGAAUGGCCCUGGAUCGUCAGCAUCCAGCACCCCUGGGUACCAGGCCUGGGACACUGGUGUGGAGGAUCCCUCAUCACUGCAGAUUGGGUCCUCACAGCAGCCCACUGCUUCGACAAGUUUGAGGAAAUCAGCCUGCUGUCUGUGGUGAUUGGGGCCACCCAGUUGACUCAGCCAGGCCAUGGGGCACAAGUGCGCAGCGUCAAGCAGGUGCUGCUGCACCAGUACUACAAACCUGUUGACAUGAGCUACGACAUUGCCCUGAUGCAAUUGGACCAUCCUGUCCAGUGCAGCCCCUACAUCCAGCUGGCCUGUGUGCCCGACAUCACACUGAAAGUGUCAGAGCUGCAGAACUGCUGGGUGGCUGGCUGGGGUGCCACCACAGAAGGAAGUCAAAAAACAAGUGAUAUCCUCCAGGAGGCCAAGGUCCAGCUCAUCGAUGUCCGGCUCUGCAACAGCAGCCACUGGUACUCAGGGAAAGUCCACAUCCACAAUGUGUGUGCUGGAUACCCACAGGGCAAGAUCGACACCUGCCAGGGUGACAGCGGUGGCCCUCUCAUGUGCCAAGAGAAAAACAGUGACCACUGGUGGGUCAUCGGAAUAACCAGCUGGGGAAGAGGCUGUGCCAGAGCAAGGCGUCCUGGAAUCUACAUCUCCACUCAGUACUUCUAUGACUGGAUCCUAUUCUACAUGAACCUGAGCCCAUAUGGAAGUUCCUCUCCAACAUCACGGGCAUCUAGUCAUUUUUUGACCACUUCACACCUCUGGAGUUAUUAUAUUUUCACCCCACAACCCUCUCAGAAGCCAUGGCCAAGACCAACCCCCUCUCCAAAACCAACUCCAGUACCAACAGUGGGCAAAGUUAACUCCUGCCCAUUUUCCAUCAAAAUUCUGGUGAAAUUAUUUACUCAGGUGAAGGAACUCCUCCAGCAGACCUUUGGUCAACAUACAUCUUGAGCAGCAGGACAGCCAUGGUCUAGGGCACACUGCAGUGCAUCACAACCAUUUCCUGCUGAUCCAAAGGCAGCCUCAGGGUCAAAAACCUUCUCUGUCCUGACCACACUCCUCUCCUGUGUGCAUGCAGACACCACAGUUGACUUACCUGAAUGAAGUAAAAUUGUCUAUGGUCACAGGGAACCAUCUUUUUGGUCCAAUUUCGACUCCUGGGCAAAGCAAGGACUUCCAUGGUCAGUACUUGCAGAA